CAUAAGGCCAGAGCAGUCUCCUCACGCGCUGAGCCCCACAUGAUCAACUAGUCUCCUCACAUAUUGAGCCCCACAUCGACCAGCCACAGCCCCGCCCCGCCCCCUUUCUCUCUCCUGGCUUGGCCUCACAGCCAUUCCUCCCUUCUCUUUUCCCCUCAGCCUCUCCUUGUCUGCCAUGACAGACACCGCGGCUCCCCGCCGGCCCCCGUUUUCCCUCAGAGGCGCCGCCGCCGCCAUCAUCAACGCCUGAGGGGGAAGAGGGAGGGGUUAGGCGGGAAAUUCGAGCGCCGUUUUGCUUGGGCGUCUUGGCCGCCUCAGCGAAGGGCCCGCCAUGGAGCGAAGGAAAGAGGAGAAGGAAAGCGAGGAGGCCGAAGAGAAGGGGGCCGGCGAGCGCCCCUCAGACACCCUGAGGUUGAAAGCCGCAUUUCAUUAUACUGUUGCUUGCCUCUGCGAAGAAGUUGCAGAAGACAAAGAAAUCCAGUUCAGUAAACAAGCCAUCGCAGCUAUUUCUGAGAUCACCUUCAGGCAGUGUGAAAUUUUUGCAAAAGACCUUGAAAUGUUUGCUAGGCAUGCAAAGCGAAGUACAGUUAAUCUGGAAGAUGUGAAGCUUUUAGCUAGAAGAAGCAAGUCCUUGCUGAAGUACAUCACUCAGAAGAGCGAAGAACUUGCUUUGAAUAGCCUGGAACAAAAAAAGAAAAAGAAAUCAGGCUCUAAAAAAGGGAGAAGAGCAUCUGAUGAGCAGGUGGAACCUGUGGUGGCUGUGAAUGAAGAUUCCAAUAUGGCAUAAUUUUCUCUCUUUGUCUACAUCAAGACUGUCAUCUCCCAUUUUCAGCAUGGAGUAAUGAGGUUCCGGUGGUGCCUUAGGAUGACCAAUUGCCUCUUGCCCUUGCUUAGAACUCUAUGGUUUUUGUUAGUAAGUAAGCACAAGGCAAUUAGAAUAUUAGUUUCAUCUCUUACAGACGUGAAAAACGGAUGCCUUAAACUUUCAAGAAAUAAAUAUUUACUUAAAUGGAAAGAAUACUACUUUAAGAACCUUGAUAGUCUUUUUUUAGAAAGGAAAUUGUCACUUAUUAAGCACAGAAUUUGUUUUGUCCAGAUCAUAACAUACUAAAAGUAAUUAAAUUAGAGGGUCUUGAAGAAGACCUUCAUAUCCUCA